AUGAAUUCAAAUAACUAUAUGAAUCAGUUCAACGACUUUAUGGAUGGAGUAGCUCCGAGCAUGUCGCUGAUGGAUCGGCAGGAUACAAGGCAAGCUCCUGCUUGUGCUGACCCCACGCAACAAAAACCAAACCAGAAGCAAAACUCAGAGCGAAUACUAAAACCGAUACAAAGACAAGCGCCAGUAGCGAUUAAAAAACAGCUAGCUGAGCCGAAUAGAAAAUAUGCCAACGCUUAUAUCAAAAUUGUGGAGCAACCGGCAAGUAAAGCUGUGAGAUUCCGCUAUGAGUGCGAAGGGCGUUCGGCCGGUUCUAUACCAGGUGUAAAUUCGACGCCGGCAUUGCGAACAUAUCCUACAAUCGAAAUUGUUGGCUACAAAGGUCGCUCGGUGUGUGUCGUUUCUUGUGUCUCCGCGGAUCCGCCAUACAGACCACAUCCUCAUACUUUGGUGGGUAAGAAGGGUUGCAAAAGUGGUGUGUACACGUUUAGUGUAAACGAGGUUACUAUGCGUGCCGAGCUCUGUAACCUGGGUAUACAGUGUGUUAAGAAAAAAGACAUUGAAGCCUCACUUAAGGUGCGUGAAGAAGUACGCGUUGAUCCAUUCAAAACUGGCUUUUCACACGCAAAGCAACCGGGUAGUAUAAAUAUCAAUGCGGUGCGCUUGUGUUUCCAAGUUUUUAUUCAAGGCGAAAAUGGACAUUUCACGGUGCCACUGAAGCCCGUUGUCACCGAACCCAUCUACGACAAGAAGUCGAAGUCAGACCUCGUUAUUCGUGAGAUGUGCAGUUCGGGAACGGUGCUGGGCAACACGACAAUCAUGUUGCUCUGCGAGAAGGUGACGAAGGAAGAUAUAGCGGUGCGUUUUUUCGAGGAGAAAAAUGGUGCUGUGGUUUGGCAAGCUUAUGGCGAGUUUGAUCCCUCCAGUGUGCACAAACAAACCGCAAUUGGAUUGAGAACUCCACAAUAUCACAACACCGAUAUUGAAGAGCCCGUACAGGUAUUCGUGCAACUACAAAGACCUUCCGAUGGUGCCGUCAGUGAGCCUUGCGAAUUCAACUAUGAACCAGUCAAAAAGUCACGGUUAAGACGUAAAUGUAGACUAAACGAUCUUACUAUGACCUCACUUAAAGUUAGUGAGAACCAGACGGUUACCAAUAAACCGAUACAAAAUAACAUUACCCUUGUUGCCAAACAAGCAAAUUUGGAUAAGUUCUUCGUAUCUGGUGAGAUGACACCAUCGCCAGAACCAUUGUCACCGUCAUCAUCAACCAGCAAGAUUGAUACGUCGACAACAACUUCGCCUUACGGCAAGGUCACGGAGGUGAUUAACCUGGAAAAUGGUACGGUGGACAUCCAAGAAACUCUCAAUGUUGAGACAAUUCCAACGACACUGGAAAUUCAUGAGGAGAGUAAAGUUUAUGCGGAUAACCAAAAGCAGUCGCAAUUUCCAAAACUUCAAAAUAUUCGAGACCAACAACAACAUCCUCAUUUAGAUGAUCUGUUGCAGCAGCCGAAUCGGUCUCAAAUAAAGCAACAGCAAUCACAAGGGCAAUUGCCACAUCAAAAUCAAAAACUACAACUACAAUUGCAACAACAUAAAUAUAUACCGGCGCAGUUGCAAGAACAACAAUAUCCAUCAACGCUACAACUGCAGCAACCAAAUCUUCAGCAUCAACAGCAGCAGCCACAACAACCACUUCAUCCUCAGCAAGAACAACAAUAUCCAUCAACGCUACAACUGCAGCAACCAAAUCUUCAGCAUCAACAGCAGCAGCCACAACAACUACUCCAUCCUCAGCCACUUCAGAGGCCGUAUCAGCAACAAGGAGUUCCUCAGCAACCGCAAACGCAGCUGCAGCAACAACAACAAUGGCGUUUGAUGCAGCAACGGCAACAACUAUUUCUUGGUGACACGAACAGGGAAGAGAAACUCACCAGCAUUUUGGCUUUAGCUGUUGCAGCGCUGAGCAAUAAUCCAUUCAGCAUGCAACAAUUUCUUAAUGCCACUGCAGGCACCAUGCCACAGAAUGGCCAGCAUAAUUCCGUUCAAAGCAGUACACAGCAACAGCCGCUGCAGCCGUCUCCGUCGGUUCAACAACAACAUCAGUUUGUUCCGGCUCAACAAAAAAAUCAAUUUGUACCGCCUCAGCAACAGCAACCACCACAACAAGACGUUUCAUCUCAAUCGCAAUUCCAACAACAAUCUAAUGUCGCCACGAAUAGUAACGAUAAACUGUUGGUGGGCGAGGUCGAUGCAAAGAAUAACAGUAAUUCUGACACGCGUGGAGAGGCUUCCUCCAUAAGCCAGCUGCUGAAUUUGGACAGUGAUCAAUUGGUAAAGAUCUGCGAUGGCACACUACUCGAUCACACCAUCACUGACGACUUCUAAUUGGCGCCUUUAACCUUCU